AUGAAUGGUCUAUUAAAAAUCGUAUCAAUAUCUACUUUGGCAAAAAGUAAAUUUAUAUCACUAUUACCUUCUCUAUCUAUUGGAAUUGCUAUAUGGUUUGGUGUUUCUCCCAAUCAUGAUCUUACUCCCACAGCUAUUCACUUAUUGGCCGUUUUUACCAGUUGUAUUAUAGCUUUGAUUACAACUUCUAUAGAUAUAUCAAUGUUAGUUUUGUCGGGUUUGAUUCUACUUGCAGCAACACAAUCAUUCGAAUGUACUGAUACUGCCUCAGGAUUAUCAGUUGAAUGUAGAUUAUGUGGUCACAUCAAUCCUCAUACCAAAGAUAUUUAUGAAUGUCAUGCAUCAUCUGACGCGUUCAAGCAAUCUCUCGAAGGAUUUUCAAGUUCGGUAGUUUGGCUUAUCUUUGCUGCUUUUCAUUUGGGAAAAGCUGUACAAGUGACUAAAUUGGGAAGAAGACUCUCACUAUGGAUGAUCGCUCUUUUUGGAACUCAUAUUUUAGGUUUGGCCUAUGCAAUCGUUCUAUCAGAAUUACUACUAGCACCCUUUGUACCUAGCAAUACAGCUCGUGGUGGCGGUAUCAUCUUACCUGUUGUUCAAUCCAUUGCAACUACUCUUGGAUCAACUCCUUCUUCAAACCCUGCUCUUGGAGGAUUUUUGCUUUUGGUUGGUUCACAUGCAAAUUUACUAUCAGCUUCAAUGUAUCUUACUGGUAUGGCUCCUAACCCUAUUGUAAUCGCUAAAGCAAAUCAGCUAUUUCCAGACUUGAAUUUUGGGUUUAUGACGUGGUUAACUGGAAGUAUAGUUCCUGGACUGAUAUGUGCUGCAUGUUUACCUUAUCUACUUUACCGUUUUUGUGGAAUUCAUGCUCAAGAAAAACAAGAUUCAUGUGGGACUGACAAUAUCACUAAACAUGCUCGUAUGGAACUAGAAUCCAUUGGCGCUAUGACUGUGAAAGAAUGGCAACUUUGUAUUGUCCUAUUAUCUUGUCUUGGUUUAUGGGUGACUUCAUCAUAUACAAAACUGGAUUCUACAUUGGUAGCUUUAAUGGGCAUUGUUACUUUGUUACAUAUGGGUACAAUUCAAUGGAAGGAUAUUUCAACAAAUACAAAUGCAUGGGAUACAUUAUUUUGGCUUGGAGGAUUUGUAACUAUUGCUCAACAAUUAUCUGAAGCGGGUGCAUCUUCCUUUUUAGGCAACAAGAUAUCGGACACUAUUGAACAUCUCUCUUUACCUCCUGUACCAUGCUUAGCUGUUGCCUACUUUUUAACUACUUUUAUGUUUUCUUCCUUGAGUGCUCAUACUGUUGCGUUCGUUGCCACAUUUUUGGAUGCAGGUGCCUCCCUUGGAACUCAACCUCAAGUUUUGACAGCGUUUUUGGCUUACUUUGGCUCAUUAGGCGGAUGCAUGACCAAUUUUUCAACAGGAAGUGCUGCAAUGUAUUAUGCACCUGGUUACGUAUCAAGGUCAAAGUGGUUUAGUGUUGGAAUCAAGAUGGCUGGAUUUUAUUUAUUCAUUUAUUUCACUAUUGGAUUGGGUUGGUGGAAACUUUUAGGAUGGCAUUGA